AUGAAUCAACUGCCUCUCUCACCACCCGCCGAGCCGACUCCCCCCAGCCCAAUCUCCCAACCAGUCGCCCUUGACUCCCCAAUCCGUUCCGUCCCCAUCCACGAAUCCCUUCCCUCCAUCCGCGUUCCCUCCGAACUCAAACCCUACCAAUACAAUCCUGUCACCUGCACACCCCUCGACCUCGACGACGUCUCCGUGCGCGCGCAACUCAGCCAGCUACGUGAAGAAUAUCCCUCCCCGGAAGCCGCUUUAAAGGCCCAGGAGCAGAUCGCGAAAGAGGUGCAGCGAAAGCUGGAGGAAGCGGAGAAGAAGCGCGAGGAGGUCCAGAAGGCGAUCGACAAGAAGGUCAAGGAGAGGAAUACGGAGAUGAAGGUGCUAUCGAAGUAUCAGGAGGUCAAGGCGUCGGAGAUUCCAGCUGAGGGAUUGCAGAGCGCGCUCGCAUAUCUGGGGCGCGAGGGCUCGGAGGAAUGCGCUGCUAUUGUGCGACGUAAUAGACUACAGGAGUCGCUGUGUCGAAGACUCCGUCCGUUUCUGGGGAUCGGUUUCGCCGUGCAGGGUGAGCCGGUCGCAUGGGUUUCUCGACAAUAUGGAGCACUCAUCAUCAUGACUCUGGCAUGA